AUGGCUUGGCAAUUACAAUCCCCAUUAAUAUCCUUGUUCUACCUUUUGCUUAUUGCCCUGAUCAAUGGUUCACAAGCCGCUGGCAUAAUCUCAAUGUACUGGGGCCAGAAUGAAAAUGAGGGCAGCUUGGCUGAUGCUUGCGCCACAAAAAAUUAUGGUAUUGUGAAUAUAGCUUUCCUAUCCAAAUUUGGCGAUGGUACCGCCACACUCAACCUACCCGGCCAUUGUGACGCAGCCGUUAAUGAGUGCACCGGUUUAGGCGUCGACAUCAGAGCUUGCCAAAAACAGGGUAUCAAAGUCAUGCUUUCUAUUGGAGGCCACGGCGGAAGUGGUAGCUACCACCUUUCCUCGGCUGCUGACGCCAGUAGUUUAGCAACCUAUUUGUGGGACCAUUAUCUUGGGGGCGAAUCUUACUGUGGCCGUCCAUUUGGUGAUGCGGUCCUUGAUGGCGUUGACUUUGCUAUUGAAAAAGAGAGCAAGUACUGGGACGAGGUGGCAAAGAAGCUGUCAAGUUUUUACACGCAGCAGACGAAGAAGGCCUACUUACUAACAGCGGCUCCACAAUGUCCUUUUCCAGACCCUUAUCUAAAGGAUGCAAUAGAUACUCGCCUGUUUGACUACAUUUCGGUCCAAUUUUACAACCACGACAAGUGCGAGUUUAAGGACAAUUUCGACAAUGUUAAGGCUUCUAUUGAAAAAUGGGUUACUCACAUCAAAGAUUUUAAGAGUUUAUUACUUUUGGGGUUCCCUGCAGCCAAAGAAGCAGCUGAUAGUGGCUACGUGAAGCCCCGGGAUCUUGUAGAGGAGGAGUUAAAAGUGAUUGAUCAUGAUAAUCCAAAAUACGGGGGUGUUACGCUUUGGAAUAGGUAUUAUGACAUAUCGAAUAGCUAUAGCGCAAUUAUUAAGCCCUAUGUUUGA